AUGUAUGCCGAUCUCGGAGUGGAUGAUGUCGCGUCGGACCUGGCGGACCGAUUCUUAGUAAUGCCUCAGGACGAUCGAAACGCCAUGAUAUUUCUAAUUUUCGCCACUCUUCGGGGGCGACUAGAUUCAACCCGAGGGAGCCACUGUGCCACUCCGGCCGGCAAGGCUCCGCCUGACUUCCCCCUGAGCCAGGCCGACCGUGUCCGCAUUUUCGAGUUCUUGCCUCUGGUGAAGGAAAUUAGGUGUCGUGCUGCGCGCGAGGCGAUGAUGAUCAGCAAUGUUGAGUCAUACUCGAGAGACCGCAGGGAAACUUCAGUCUUCGGACUGGUCAUGGCUUCUCUCGAGGAUUGGCAUGAUGCCUACACCGCAGGCAAGAUGCCGCUCUCAUUAUUUAUACAGUCCUCAAUUCAACAGCUGAAGUGCGUUUUCUACAAAGGUGGAGGUGUUGAUUAUCGGAGCCCUUUGGUCACCACACUCUUCGGUUGCUUCCCGAGUCCGUUGUGCAUUUGCUAA